CGUGGCGCAGAUGGUGCUGCUGCAGGCGGGCUACUACAGCUCGCUCGGGCUCUGGCUCGCCCUCCUCGGCACCCUGGGCAGCACCGGGCCCUCCCUCCAGCAGGUCUUCAGCGACGAGAUUUUAGGCUUCUCAACCCCGCCGGGGAGGCUCUCCAUGAUGGCUUUCAUCCUCAAUGCACUCACCUGCGCCCUGGCCUUGCUGUACUUCAUCCGCCGCGGGAAGCAGUGCCUGGAUUUCACGGUCACGGUGCACUUCUUCCACCUCCUGGGCUGCUGGAUCUACAACUCGCGCUUCCCGUCGUCGCUGACGUGGUGGCUGGUGCACGUGGUGUGCACGGCGCUGAUGGCGGCCAUCGGGGAGUACCUGUGCAUGCGGAUAGAGCUGCGGGAGAUCCCCCUCAACUCCGCCCCCAAGUCCAACGUAUAGACUCGCCCUGGCGACAGACACGCUGCGUUAACGCCGUUGUCUGCAGCACAAUGCAUCCGACAUGCCUCAGAAUCAUCCCUGAACAAGCACAGCAGGUCUGUUGAGACUUUGUUAUUAAUUUUCUUUUUUUCCCCCCCCCACCCCGGACCUCGGUGGCUGCGUGAGUGUGAGCAUCUCCUCUGGCAUCAGCUGGCAGCGAGGGAGGAGCAGAUGUUUAUUUUGCUAACAUGAAGCAUUAAUGUGACUGUAUGGAGAGUGUGCCCUUAAACUCUUCACUCAAGAGACUGUUAAAAGCCAGGUAGCAAAACUUGGUGCGUGAGGAGCAUUUGGAAUCUAACGAUGUGGGAGUGCCCUGUGUGGGGAACACGAUGGUCAGCUCUUCUUGC